UGUAUAUAUUGCCCCUCACACACCAAGAAAAUAGUGAGCAACUGAGCAGAGUGUCAUUCUCCUUCACCCAUUCUCUCUCUUUAAAUAUGGCUGAAAAUAGUGGAAAAGGGAUCGGAAGAAACUCAGGAACCUCUCGUGUUGCGCUUAAUGAAAGAAUUCUCUCCUCAAUGUCACGAAGAUCUAUUGCUGCUCAUCCGUGGCAUGACCUAGAAAUUGGGCCAGGUGCACCUUCAAUUUUCAACUGUGUGGUUGAAAUAGGCAAAGGCAGCAAAGUCAAGUAUGAGCUUGACAAAGCAAGUGGCCUUAUAAAGGUUGACCGAAUACUGUACUCAUCAGUUGUUUAUCCACACAACUAUGGUUUCAUCCCAAGAACCCUUUGUGAAGACAGUGAUCCAAUGGACGUCUUGGUACUGAUGCAGGAACCUGUGUUACCAAGUACCUUUCUUCGUGCUCGUGCAAUUGGAUUGAUGCCUAUGAUUGAUCAGGGUGAGAAAGAUGACAAGAUAAUAGCAGUGUGUGCAGAUGAUCCUGAGUUUCGCCACUACACAGACAUCAAGGAGCUCCCUCCUCAUCGUCUUGCUGAAAUCCGGCGCUUUUUUGAAGACUAUAAAAAGAAUGAGAACAAGUCAGUUGCAGUUGAGGACUUUCUGCCUGCUGAAGCAGCUGUAGAUGCCAUCAAGUAUUCCAUGGAUCUGUAUGCUUCUUACAUUGUGGAAAGUUUGAGGAAGUGACCUUGUUGAGGACAUGUUGUUGUCAUGACUGAAAAUCUAAGUAGAGAAGCCGGCUGACUUGUUGAAGAUGGCUACCUGAAUUUCAUAUGCAUACUUUAGUUUAAUGUGGUAUUAUCAAUUACUAUUUGAAAUGCAUAUGGAACUUUCAAUUUUCAUGAAUUCAGAAAAGAUGUGGAACAGAAGCAUCAAGAAAAGCACUGGUAAUGUGCAGUGGUGGUGCUGUAGAAAAAAUGCUUGCU